AGGGUUUAUGAAGCUCUGAACCGCAAAGCCCAUUAAGCUUCGUCUUCAACAUCCCCAACCGACCUUGCGCCAAAUUUUCAAAAUUUCUCUUUCUCCAACUCUUUUUUUAAAAACAAUUUAGAACUUCUUUUCAUAGUCCGAAGAUUAUACCAAACCCAACACUUCUUCUUUUUUUUUUUUUUUUUUAAUUAUCUGUGAGAUGGAGUUGCAAAACGGAGAAACUGAUAAUGAAACUCAUCAAUCUGGUGUUACGACUUCAAUGGAAUUAGAAUCUUAUCUUCCUUUAACACCGAUGGAUAAUUCAAAUAAGCGUAGAAGGAAAAAGUCUUUUGUUUGGGAUUAUUUCACUGUUCAGACAGCUGAAGAUGGAUGUAUCAAAGCCUAUUGUAAUCAGUGCAAUAAAGCUUUUGCUUACAUUAAUGGUUCAAAGCUAGCAGGCACCAGCCACCUAAAGCGUCACAUUGCGUUAGGCAUCUGCCCUGUAAGUCGUGAGCGGAACCAGUCUAAUGGUACCCCUACAACUUUCACCAAGAGGAAUACUGCCAAUCCACCUAGAAAACGGUAUAGGGCAACUCCUACAUUUGCAAGUUUUCCCUUUGAUCAGAAUCGAUGUAAUCAUGAUAUUGCCAUCAUGAUUAUUAUGCAUGAGUAUCCACUUUACAUGGUAGAGCAGCCCGGAUUUAUUGAUUUCGUCAAAAAUCUUCAACCACAGUUCAAUAUGAUGAGCUACACCACAGUACAGGAAGAAUGCACAUCGAUUUACCUUAGAGAGAAAGAAAGCCUCUUAAAUUUUGUUUGUGGAAUUCCUAGUCGAAUAAGUUUAUCGAUAGAUGUUUGGACUUCUAGUGACACCACUUGCUAUGUCUUCUUGAAAGGACAUUUCAUCGACAAUAAUUGGAACUCACAUUGCCGAAUCCUAAAUGUUGUUAGAUUACCCUCUCUCAAGGAUGAUGCCCUUAACCUAGCCGUUGUCACUUGCUUAUCUAAUUGGCAAUUGAGUGGACGUGUCUACGCCCUCACAGUUGAUCAGUCCUUUUUGAGUGAUACCAUUGCUAUGAACUUUAGAAGUUUCCUAGUUGCUAAUGACCCAAAUUUUCUUAAUGGUCAGUUAUUAUUAGGAAAUUGCUUAGCACAAGUUCUUUGUCAGCUUGCACAGAAUGCUCUAUCGUCAACAAGUGAAGUCGUAUGGAAGAUUCGUGAAAGUGUAAAGUAUGUAAAGACCUCCUUGGUGCGAGAGGAGAAGUUUAUUGAGUUGAAGCACCAACUUAAAGUACCCAGCAAUAAGGAGCUUUCAAUCGAUAAUCAAACCAAGUGGGACACAACAUUUCAUAUGUUGGUAGCAGCCUGUGAAUUGAAAGAAGUAUUUUCUUGCUUAGAUGCAUCUGAUCCAAAUUACGACUUAAAUAUUUCAGUGGAUGAUUGGAAGGUGGCAGAAAUUCUUUGCACAUAUUUGAAGUAUUUUUUCGGUGUGGCUAACAUUUUAACUUCCCCUUGUUAUCCAACUGCAAAUGUAUUCUUUCCAGAAGUAUCAAAAAUUCAAACGGAGCUCACUAAUGCAAGCAUGAGCCAGGAUCCGCUUGUUCGUGACCUGACAAAGCCUUUGAAAGAUAAGUUUGAUAAAUAUUGGAAAGAAUGCUGCUUAGUUUUAGCGUUGGCAGUUGUAAUGGAUCCAAGGUUCAAGUUGAAGCUUGUUGAAUUCAUCUUCUCCAAAGUUUUUGUUCAAAAUGCAGAUGAGUGGAUCAGAAUUGUUGAUUAUGGUCUCCAUGAUCUUUUUCUCCAGUUUACCAUGGAAACACUUACCCUUUCAGAGACCUUUGGAGAAGAUGGGAAUAUCGGUAUUUCCAUAACCGAGUUGCAGGAUGAAGAACAUCAGGGAGAAAUCUUUCUUACAACAGGUGACGGGCUCUCAGAUUUUGAUGUAUAUAUUUCUGAGAUCUCUGAAGGCCAGCAAACAAAAUCGGAGUUAGAUCGUUAUUUAGAAGAGGAGUUAUCACCCAAAUCACAAGAAUUUGACGUCUUGAGUUGGUGGAGAUUAAACAAAUAUCGGUAUCCUACGCUGGCAAAAAUGGCUUGUGAUAUUCUGUCCAUGCCGGUUUCAACCGUUAACCGUGACUCGGUUUUCGACACUGAAAUCAGAAGAAUGGAUAGCUAUCGGAGGUCAUUGCCGUCAGCAACGCUUGAGGCUCUCAUUUGCACUAGAGAUUGGUUACAGUACGGAUCAUUACAAUCCUCAUCCACAGAGACUUCUGAUGCCACUGUGAAAAGUGAAUUUUAGAUUUUUCUUUUCCUUUAGUGUAGAUUUUGAUUUUUUAUUAGGAGAUGAUUUUUUGGGACUAAUAGAAAUUGAAUAGCGGCCUUACUUUCUGAUUUACUUUCCAUAUAGAUAAAUUUUUUCUGUUGAUAUAGCCUCACAUUCACUUGCAACAUUCGACUUCUAUGUUGCAUCUUGUUGAAGAUUGUUUCAAAUGGAAUAGAGAUUUUAUUCUUCUAUGUCCAACUAAUGAAUACAGUUUAUCAUUUUUUCCAAUGUA